UAAAUAAAAGAUCGGUCGAUUUAUUCGUUUAUUUAUAGCAUUAUUUUAUAAAAAAGAAUAAGAACUUUCUUAAUUUUUCAAUCGUGUAGAAAAGGUUAGGUUACGAAUAGAAAAGGAAAGUACGGGAGAUGCCCAUGUGAUAGCGCCAAGCUCAUAUCUUCUCAUUCCAUUCUCAAGACAACGUGCGGUCACGCCGUGUCGAUUUUCAACUACUUCUUAUAAAGCUUCAUCGUCAUUUCUACUUAAAAGUGUCCUUCGUUGCGAUAUAAAAGAUGUAUAGAUUACCAAGCAUGAUGCGCUCUGUAGCUCUGCGCCAAAUGCAGCUACAGACACGAACUUACGCUAAGGAUGUUAGAUUUGGAGCAGAAGUACGAGCAUUGAUGUUACAAGGUGUAGAUAUUUUAGCAGAUGCAGUAGCUGUAACGAUGGGCCCUAAAGGACGUAAUGUUAUUCUGGAACAAAGUUGGGGUAGCCCUAAAAUUACAAAAGACGGUGUGACGGUAGCCAAAGGAGUUGAAUUAAAAGACAAGUUUCAGAAUAUUGGAGCAAAAUUAGUACAAGAUGUGGCCAAUAACACCAAUGAAGAAGCUGGAGAUGGAACUACAACGGCUACUGUAUUAGCUAGAGCCAUAGCUAAAGAAGGUUUUGAAAAGAUUAGUAAAGGUGCUAAUCCUGUUGAAAUCAGAAGAGGAGUAAUGUUAGCUGUAGACAAAAUUAAAGACGAAUUAAAGCUUUUAAGUAAACCUGUAACAACAUCUGAAGAAAUUGCUCAAGUAGCCACUAUAUCUGCGAAUGGAGAUAAGACUAUUGGAAAUUUAAUUUCUGAUGCUAUGAGAAAAGUUGGAAAUGAAGGUGUUAUUACAGUUAAAGAUGGAAAAACCCUUCAUGAUGAACUUGAAGUAAUAGAAGGAAUGAAAUUUGAUAGAGGAUAUAUUUCCCCAUACUUCAUAAAUUCUAGUAAAGGUGCCAAAGUAGAAUUUCAAGAUGCAUUAUUACUCUUUAGUGAAAAAAAAAUAUCAUCUGUACAAAGUAUUAUACCUGCUUUGGAGUUAGCAAAUACACAGCGCAAGCCACUCGUUAUAAUCGCAGAAGAUAUUGAUGGGGAAGCAUUGUCAACUUUAGUUGUCAACAGAUUAAAAAUUGGAUUGCAAGUAGCUGCAGUCAAAGCACCUGGUUUUGGCGAAAACAGAAAAGCAACUCUGCAAGAUAUGGCUAUUUCUACAGGUGGUAUAGUUUUUGGAGAUGAUGCAAAUCUUGUUAAAUUAGAAGAUGUACAGUUAAGUGACUUAGGGCAAGUUGGAGAAGUUGUUAUUACGAAGGAUGAUACACUCUUCUUAAAUGGUAAAGGAAAGAAGAGUGAUAUUGAGAGAAGAGCGGAACAAAUUAGAGAUCAAAUUAGUGAUACCACAUCUGACUAUGAGAAAGAAAAAUUGCAAGAACGACUUGCAAAAAUAUCAUCAGGUGUAGCAGUUUUAAGAGUUGGUGGAAGCAGUGAAGUAGAAGUUAACGAAAAAAAAGAUCGCGUUACUGAUGCGUUGAAUGCUACUAGAGCUGCUGUUGAGGAAGGUAUUGUUCCUGGAGGUGGAACUGCUUUGUUAAGAUGUGCUCCAUCAUUACAAAAAUUAAAAGCAUCCAAUCCUGAUCAAGCUGUAGGUAUCAAGAUUGUAGCAAAUGCUUUGAGAAUGCCAUGCUUGCAAAUUGCUCUAAAUGCAGGUGUUGAUGCAAGUCUUGUCGUUGCAAAAGUCAGUGAAGGAAAACUUGGUUAUGACGCAUUAAAUGACGAAUAUGUUGAUAUGAUAGAAAAAGGUAUUAUUGAUCCUACGAAAGUAGUACGCACAGCACUUACAGAUGCAGCAGGAGUUGCAUCAUUGCUUACAACUGCAGAGGCAGUUGUAACUGAAUUGCCUAAAGAAGAACCACAGACUCCAAUGGGUGGUAUGGGUGGUAUGGGUGGAAUGGGUGGUAUGGGUGGAAUGGGCAUGUAAUAAAAAGACUGAAUAUCCUACACAAUUACAAUUGAAAUCUGUAGAAUCAGUUCAAAUAUCAAGUUAUUGUUUGAACAGUUAAAAUAAGGAAGAGGUAAAGAUCGAUCAAUAUAUGGCCGAAGAGUCAUAACAGUACGUUCCAUUGUUUUUUUACGCAUUUGUAAAACGUUACGUCAAAUACAUACACAUAUUUCUGAAAAAUUA